AUGUCGUCUGCGUUGAAAAACCUUGCUGCCUUGAAGAGGAACAUCACCAGAAGAAUCAAACAGGCGCUCGAGGACCUCAGGGAGAACUUGGAUCAUGAAGGCUACGGCAUUAGAAAUAACCCUGUUCCGGCCCGGAUCCCGGUCACUGUGCCCGUGGGGGGCCGCUCCCGAGGGUUUAGAAGAAUGAAUUUUGGUGGGUGCACCAGAAAUUACAGCACAUUUUUCGGUGCCAACCAUCUGUUUGGCUGGAGCUGUCGCAGCAUGUUUUACCACAAGUUUGGCUUUUUUGGGAGAAACUCCAUGAAAUUCAGGUUCCAGCAUUUCCGCUUCAUGAGCCAGUUCUGCCCGUUCAGUAGAUUUGGUCAACAUUUUAGUCCUAGAGGGCCCCGAAUGUCACUCAUGGCGCAGAAUUUCACCGCUCGAAGCCAUUAUCAUUCGCUGAAUGUCUUCAGGCUAUACAACGUUCCCACCCUUACACAUUUGUCGCAACAGAAUUACUCUGGUUACGGAGACGAUGACAACUGUGGUUUGCACAUGGGUGUACAGAAUGCUGUGGGUCAGCUUUUGAUGAAAAAGGACCAAGGUGUAGCCUUUUCAGCUGGAAAGGAGGCCUUGGACUGUCUUAAGGAAGCAGCUGCCGAAGCAGUUCAUGUUGUCCCCUCGACUAUAAGAGUGAACCUUCUGUGCUCUCCAAAGUAUCAUGAGAUUGUCAAGAAACUUGCCGGUUGGGUUUCCAGUGUGACGCAGUCUUCAGAGGACAGUAGUGUACCUCAUGCCUCCUCUGCAUCUAGGGGAGUUUACGUGGACUUCAAGUUUGGUCCUCGAAUGCUUGUGCCCGAGACAACUGUGCUCAGUGCCGAUGUUGUGGAAGAAAUGAUAGGUGGCUUGCAGAGGUAUCAGCAGAAGCUUGCGGAAGUACAACAAGACUUGGCUCGCUUGAGUGAAUUAGGUGAGUUACCUGUGCAAGUUUUGGCUGAAGAAGGAGUGAUUCGUGUUUUCUUCCCCAACUGCGACAGAGAGAGACUCGAGAUGCUUUUGGUGGAGAAAAACGUCUCUGGCGGCGUCAUCCAUGAGGGAGAUCCAGGUGCUGGCACCUAUGACUCUGUCAUCUCUCUGGAGUCUUUUUUCCAGCUGGAGUAUGAUUUCUCCGACAGUGAAGGUGCUGGAUAUCCAGUGUCUUCGAACGAAGGUGCAUCUGGUGGCACAAGCUGGUACUUGAGCACCUUUACCUCUCUGGACGCAGGCAUGCCGCUGCCUCUGCUUGACUCUGGCAGCACUGCCAGCUCCGGAGAGAUCCUCUCACUGAGCCUGGAGCAGAAGAUUGUCCAUUUGGAUGAGCCCGAUGUUUUUCAAAACACCAACCCACCUCUGCUUGAGUCUGUCCACAUUGUAGAGGCCGAGCCAAUGUGGGCGAUGUAA